GAAGCUGUGAAUUGGAUAUCUACUGGAAUCUGAAUAUUAGAACACUGCAUUACGAACGUGAUACGGAUAGCGAUCUAAUUCUAAGCAGUGCACAAAGUCAUGGCUACUCGCGGUAAACUCAUCAAAGGGCCUAUGGAAAAGAAAGAGUACCUGUUCAAGGUACUGGUAGUGGGAGAAUGUGAGACCGGCAAAACCAGUGUUAUAGCGCAAUACGUUCACAGAAAGUUCGAGAACAACUACAAAGCAACGAUAGGGGUGGAUUUCGCGCUAAAAGUGUUACACAGAGACAAGAAAUGCUUAGUCAGAUUACAACUCUGGGACGUAGCAGGACAGGAACGUUACGGGAACAUGACACGAGUUUACUACAAAGAAGCGGUGGGAGCCUUCGUAGUGUUCGAUAUAACCAGAAUGUCUACAUUUGAUGCGGUUCAGAAGUGGAAGGCAGAUAUUGAUGAGAAGGUUACGUUCCCAGGGGGUCAGAAUAUACCUGUAGUUUUGCUGGCUAAUAAGUGUGAUCUGAUAGAAGAAGGCUUUGUAGCGUCACAUCUGGACCGGUACUGUGAGGAGCGGGGGUUCCUGGGCUGGUUCGAGACAUCUGCUAAGGAGAAUAUAAAUAUUGAGGAGGCUGCUAAUCUACUAGUAGACGAGAUAAUUAAGGUACAAGAGAAGCAAGAAAUAUUCAGCUAUCCAGAUAACGAUAACGUUUUAUUGACGCCUCACAUCCAACAUAGUAAAGGAUGCAAGUGUUAGUUAGGCUGAAGAGGGUAUUAGACUCAAACAUUAUGAGAGAAAUUGUGUUUAGGUGUAUUAUUUGACGUAUAGUAGAGCUGAUUUAAAUU